UGACCCGCCGCGCCCCCACCGCAUCACACGAGGGGGCAGCGCGGCCGCUCCUCUGCCCGGCGCCCGCCUGCCUCCCUCCUCUCGCCGCCUCGCUGCAGCCCGGGCUGCGCCGAGUCAAAGCGCGGAUCAGGUUCCCUGCCUCCAGUAUAAAAAUCUCGGCGAGGAAUCUCCGGCGGGAGAGAGAGACGGGGCGCAGGCGGAGCGGGGCGUGAGGCGGCGGCCGGCCAGCCCGUCCGUGGGGAAGCGAAGGGACGCGCUGCGGCGGCGGCGGCGGCAGCAGCCGCUGCUCACCGGGGACGCCCGCGGCUCGCCCCUCUCAGCUGCGGGAGAAGAGCUUUCUGCCGCCCGAAAAUGCAACAGCAACGCCAAAUGUUCACAGCUGCCCUCCUGGCACUUAUUUUCAUUCUGGCAGCUGUGAAUACCACUGAGGCUGGCAAAAAAGAGAAACCAGAGAAAAAGGCGAAGAAGUCUGACUGUGGGGAAUGGCAGUGGAGUGUCUGUGUGCCCACCAGUGGUGACUGUGGCCUGGGGACACGUGAGGGCACUCGUACUGGAGCUGAGUGCAAACAAACCACCAAGACUCAGAAGUGUAAGAUUCCCUGCAACUGGAAGAAGCAGUUUGGAGCAGAGUGCAAAUACCAGUUCCAGGCCUGGGGAGAAUGUGACUUGAAUACUGCCUUGAAGACUCGAACCGGGAACCUAAAGAGAGCCCUUCAUAAUGCUGACUGCCAGAAGACUGUCACAAUCUCAAAGCCCUGUGGGAAGCUUACCAAACCCAAACCUCAAGAAUCCAAGAAGAAGAAAAAGGAAGGCAAGAAACAAGAGAAGAUGCUGGAUUAAUGGAGCCAACUUGGGCAAUAUGAGAAAGGGACAUCAGCAAACAUGAUCAGUUAACAGUUUCAUUUAUACCUAGGCAUUUUAUCCUAAAAUUAUUUAUAGCUUAAUGGUACCAUAGAAAGAAACAAGCAAACACAGAAAAAAAAUCCUUUUUUUUAUGACUUUAGUAUUUUUAGUGUAUAACCCUAACAACAGUUUUUAGAGGCCUGUAAUAAAGGACUCAACACUCAUUUAGAAAAUUACAUCUAUUGUAUAUUGAACAAUGUAGAGGUUUUUUAAAUAUUUUUUUUCUCAAGUCUUGCUGUAGGUCUCAAUCUGGUAAUUACUCCAUGCAAGCAGAACCUGAACCGGUGUGGAGCUCUGCUGAAGCCAGUGGUGCCCUGUGUGAAUACAGGAAUCUGGCUGGAUGCAAUUAUAUUUAAGAUUGGGACCUUCUAUGUGAAAACAACAGACUUGUUUCUUAAGUUCUUAUUACAUCUGAAUAACUGUAUGAAAUGAUUUGUUUAAGGAAAGGAUGGGGGCAUUUUGUUGAGUAUUUACAGGCAUAAAAUUCUUUUGGAUGUGUGGUGAAUGUUCUUUCCAAAAUGCCACCGUCUCUGGGUAAAAACAGUAGCACUCCUAUCCUUGGCCAUUUUUUAGAUGUUGGCAAUUAAAACUCUGAAAUCUUUCAACACUUGGACGUAAUCAAGAUUUUCUAGCAAUGAUUUUUCCAAGUGGAAUGAUAGCAAAACUUUCCAUUUUUUAGCAUAUCAACAGCGGUGGAUGGUAGUGUCCUCUGUUUUACCCAUAAAAGCUGAAAAAUGCUUUCUUUUAUAUGUUUCUUUUGCCAGAAAGGAGAAUAUCACCUGUCUGGCUGGAAUUGUUGCAAUUCUGAAUGACUCGACACCCUUUUGUAUCAUGGGAAUCUUCCUGUUGAUUUUAAUUAUAGCUGGUUGGAAAAUAAUGUCUGGUGGGAAGUAACAGAAGAAAUCUGUUUGGAAACUGCCAGAGAUAGUUCGUAUUUUUGAUUGAAAAAUUUGUGGGACUUGAAACCAAUAGGAAUGAAAUUAAUUUUUUUUUCUCUUUUAGUAAAGCAGAAGAGAUUUUUAUACAAGCAAAAACACCUUGGAAGAGCUCAGUAAACAUAAAAGUAGUUCUGUGUUGUUUUUUUUUUAUUUAAAUGGUCUGCAGGGAAAAAAAAAAAAGAGACAUUAUAACCAGCUGGUUUUCAGUUUGUUCAAUUUUACGUAUUUUAAAUGAUAAUAAGUCCUGAGAGAAGUAAAAAAAAUAGAAAAAAGGUCUGACAAAGGACUGGUGUGUCCCUGGGUAAAGGGUUGUUUAACAAGCUAAACAACCAGCAGAUCAGACAUUUUAGAGGAAACAUAAGGGAUUUCAGUGCCCAAAUUAAUUUCAAAAUCAUUGCUUUAAAUUCUAAAUCUUGAAAUUCAACGGUAAGAAGUAAGCUUUGCCAUAUGUUUAGGCUGCAGGCUUGCCUGCUGAUAAAGAGGAAUCAUCCCCCUUGUACUCCCGCGGGUACCCACCAACUUCAGCGAAGCUGCAGCAGGGUGUGUUCAUGUGAGUAAAUCACAUUAUUCUCCUGGUAUUAGCUUACAGAUGACCAGAGAAUCUUUUUCCAGACUAACAUCACUCCUGUUUUCUAUGCAAAAAAUUUAUAACAAUUGUAGAGCGUGCCCUCUUUUUUUCUCACAUGGAGGGUAUGGCUGAUCUGAACUCACAGGGAGGCAAGUCCUUCUGUAGACGUUCCCAAACACUUUUGAAGCCAGCUAGCCAAGGCUGCACAUAGCUCAAGGUUGACUAGUCACACAAGUAUUUCCCAAUCUUCUUGGGUGUGUUUUGCAGUCUGUGUUGAUGUCCUUGUUAUAUUGACUAUGCAGUUAGACAUACCCGAGCCAGUGUUACAGUUAAAAAUGUCCCCAACAUGUGGUGGUUGUGCAAUGACCAAAUCCAAAAUCACAAAGGCUCAUAUUUGGGUGGCUCUGGGUGCUAUUUGGUUUGUUUAUGGUUUAAUCGGGUCUACCUGUGCUUGUGCCUCAGACUUAAACUAAUGGAUUAGUAGGCCUGAUUGAAAGCAAAGGGAGAAAGAAGCUUUUUCACUCACCAAAGGUUUGUCUGUCUAAAUGCUGCAUCAGUUUGCUUAAAGUGGUUCAGCUUUGAGUGCAAACACUGUUGCACCAUUAUAUUACACUGGUUAAUCUAGUCCAUGUUUCAUAGGGAGCUGGCAGGAGUUGGGAAUGACGCUGAGACCAACAAUUUGACUACCCUUUAGCAAACCUUAGAUGUGACUUCUGAUUUCCACCUCUGUGAGUAAGAAGAAAAUAAAUUCCUCUGUGUUUCCUCUGA